AUGGGUGCCAAGAAGAAGCGAAAUAACAAUCGUAAAGGAAAUUUCCAGCUUCGUGAUGAAGAUGAAAAUGAGCCUGAAGCCCCUAUCCCGGUGUCAAGUACUAAGUGGAAAGGAAAAAAUCAGCUUCUUGAUGAAAAAGCAAAUGAUCCUGUUAUCCAAGUGUUCAGAACUAAGCGGAAAGGAAAAAUUCAGCUUUCUGAUGAAAAUGAUUCGGUUAUCUCGUUGUCCAGAACUAAGCAGAAAGGAAAAGAUCAGCUUCGCGAUGAAGAUGAAAUUGAUCCUGUUAUCCCGGUGUCCAGAGAAAAUCUAAAAUCAACUCAUUAG